GAGGAAAAGGCAGAGCUUGAUGAGAUUCUUGCAAAACGAGCAAAAACUGGGAAACAAGUGGAGGAGAAGUCAGCUGAGGAGAAAACAACAUUACACAUCAAAGAUGCAUAUGAUUACCAAGGACGUUCAUUUUUACACAUACCUCAAGAUGUUGGAGUUAAUCUCAAGUCUGAGUACCCACCAGAAAAAUGUUUUAUACCAAAAAAACUCAUACAUACCUGGGCUGGACAUACAAAAGGUGUUGCACAGAUCAGAUGGUUUCCUAAGUCAGCACAUUUAUUAUUAUCAGCCAGUAUGGACAGCAAAAUAAAGAUCUGGGAGGUAUAUAAUGAUAGACGAUGUGUGAGAACUUACCUGGGUCACAAACAGGCUGUGAGAGAUAUCAAUUUCAACAACAGUGGUACAGAGUUUCUCAGCUGUGGUUAUGACAGAUAUUGUAAAUUGUGGGACACUGAAACAGGAGAGUGUAAAGGAAGAUUUACAAGUAGAAAAGUUGCAUAUUGUGUAAAAUUUCACCCUGAAGAGGAUAAACAACACUUGUUUGUGGCUGGUACCUCAGACAAGAAAAUUAUUUGUUGGGAUAUUCGGUCAGGGGAAACAGUUCAAGAAUACGACAGACAUCUUGGUGCAGUAAACUCUAUAACAUUUGUUGAUCAAAAUAGAAGAUUUGUCUCAACUUCUGAUGAUAAAAGUUUAAGAGUUUGGGAAUGGGAUGUUCCGGUAGAUUUUAAAUAUAUUGCUGAUCCUUCUAUGCAUUCUAUGCCAUCUACGACUUUAUCACCAAAUGGUAAAUGGUUAGCUUGUCAAUCAUGGACAAUAAGAUCUGCUGUUUUCAACGUUUUUAACAGAUUUAAAUACAUGAGGAAGAAAACAUUUACUGGUCAUAUGGUUGCUGGUUAUGCUUGUGGUGUUGAUUUCUCACCCGAAAUGACAUACUUGAUAUCAGGGGAUGCUGAUGGAAAAUUAUAUAUCUGGGACUGGAAAAGUACAAAAUUGUAUUCCAAGUUUAAAGCCCAUGAUGAUGUUUGUAUUCAGGCAAUAUGGCAUCCCCACGAGACAUCUAAAGUAGCUACUGCUGGGUGGGAUGGUGUUAUAAAAUACUGGGACUGAGAUAUUGACCUAGAUAAUGUACAAAUACACCUCACCAUUGUCAAUGAUGUUUUAACGGGCAGCAUGAAGAAUAUGAGCAAAGUUUACAAUGUUAUACCAUCACACUUGUACAAUGAAAGUGCAGAAAAGUGAGAAAACUUGUACAGACAUCGGGUUAUACUUGCACAAGUUAAUAGAGAGCUGAACAAUAACAAAAUCUAUGCUGUUAUCUUUAAAGCUUCUUCUAUUAUACGUGGUAUGUUAAAGCUAACCCAUGAUAGAUUACCGGUUCCAUACAUUUGUAUAUACUCACCUGACAUCAUGUUUAAUGAAGUUUAUAAACAAACUUUGUUACAAUUAAAUAAAUGUUCAAGUACUUAAUUGGGUUGAGUGUAUGAUUUUACUGUAAUUGGUACAAGCCAUAUACAACUAUAUUGUAAAACAUUCACGAACACUUUGUAGUAUGAUGCAAAUUGAGAAAAUAUUUCUAUGGUUUUAAUAAUAAUACUUGUUUAAAACAAACCCAAGUAAGUACAUAAAUAAUGUAAAUGUUAUUUCUUUAUAAACGUUUUGCUAUCAAAUGUGUCAAAAAUACAAUUUAAGUUGUUUGUUCUUCAAACAAACUGAGAUUUAAGAUUGAAAUUUUUAUUUUUUAAAUUAAAGAAAAUAAAAUGAAACUACAGAAAGCAA